UGUCGUGAUCUCGGCGUCUCAAGAAAACACACUGUACCCCUCAACCCAAGCUCACCCACCUACUCACACAAUGACUGCCGACAUCCCCGCCAUUGACUGCCAGGACCUGACGUUUGCCUGGAAGGACGGCGACGAGCCCGUGCUCGAGGACAUCAACCUCAACCUCGUCAAGGGCGACCGCUGCCUGCUGCUCGGUGCCAAUGGAGCGGGCAAGUCGACGCUCCUCCGCAUCCUCGCGGGCAAGCGCCUGACCAAGACGCGCAACUGCAAGAUCCUCGGCCAGGACGUGUUCAUGAACCCGCCCGGCGGCGUCGUCUACCUCGGCACCGAGUGGAGCUCGAACCCGGUUGUGCGGUCUGAUAUUGUCGUGUCGCACUUUCUCGACUCGGUCGGAGGCUACCGCCACCGCGAGCGCCGUGACCGCCUCCUCGAGAUCCUCGACGUCGACCUCGACUGGCACAUGCACCAGAUCUCGGACGGCGAGCGCCGCCGCGUCCAGCUCUGCAUGGGCCUCAUGACCGAGUGGGACGUGCUCCUGCUUGACGAGGUGACGGUGGAUCUUGACGUGCUCGUGCGCGCCGACCUCAUCGACUUUUUGGUCCACGAGUCGGAGACCCGUGGCGCGACGAUCCUGUGUACGUCAGCUGUCGUCGUCAACGCCACGCACAUCUUUGACGGCCUCUCCAACUUCCCCACCAAGGUGUGCCACAUCCAGCUCGGCACGACGCCCAAGCCGCUGCUCACCUGGGGCCCGGACCACCCCGACCUCUUCAACACUGCGCUCGCCUGGCUGCGCGAGGACCGUGACCUGCGCCGCGUCAAGGAGGCUGCGCGUGGCCGUGUCCGCGGGCCCAAGGCCGAGACCAAGAACGCAAAGACGUUCUUCGAGAAGUACGACUACAGCCGUCAUUAAGCGCAAAUAGACGCAACACUACACCCACAACUUUCAACACUGUUACACCACCACCAACUGUUGUCAUACACUGACACGCUGUACAUCAACUGCACGCAUUGUAGCAUCAACUGCAUGGCAUCGCAUAGGAAGAAACUAGAAACUACAUAAUACAACACACAAUCAAGAGAAAAUAGACGUAGAAAUGCAU